CGAUGAAGGAAAGCGCUAGUAAUUGCAGGAGUCCCUCAAGUAAUGUGCUUGCUCACUUACAUACCUCACAUCGGUUAUUUGUCAUUUUGUCGCCUUGAGAAGCUCAGGCAGGCGUCUAGUUUGACGUCUGGCGAACUACUUUAGUGAGGUGUCUGUCUGCGUUGUUGAUUGAUAUGACAAUAAUUCUCUUUCAUUUUCACUUGAUGGUGGAUUUUCAAAAGGACCUGUUAAAUCAAAAUUUAUUCACUGCCCCAACAUCACCAUCAUAACCAACCCAAGCUCUACAUCAUUGCACAGCUCUACUGCCAGAGAUGGCACCAAGUAGAACUGGACGCGGCAGAGGCCGUGGCCGUGGUGGGAGACCCCCCGGAGCAGGCGGAAGAGGGCCAUACAAUGCAUCAGCUCAGGCAAUGGACUCAUUUCUUGCUGGGGCAAUGAACGAAUUCUCUAUGCGGGACGAGGCUAGAAAUACCGCCCGCGACCAUCUGAAAUGGAACUCUGACGAGCGGCUUCGAUAUCGCCCGGUGACUUUCAUUAGUGCUGGUCUCAUCGAGCCCCUCAAAGAGUUUCAGGUCGAUGACAAGAGCGCAAAUGACAAUAAAAAAGAUGAUGCAUCUCCGGCAGAAACCUCAUCCAUGCCGUCAAAAUCUCAGGACCACUUGGACUCAGCCCCUUCACUGCCAACUGACACGCAGAUCCCUACUCCGUCCGUGCAAGAGGGAAGCAUAAAGCCUAUAUCGAGCCCGGUGAGAGCACAGGCCUCCAGUGCGGUCAAGCCAGGUACAUUCGACAUUACCCAUGGUGAUACCUUAUUUAUGCUCGACACGGUGGGCGACAAAACUCUGCGGAAGGAGUCCAAGAAGCCCCUCAAGAUCGAGUUCAAGGAGGACGAUGAUCCAGCUGCAGAUGAUACAGACUCGAGCCAUGAAGUUGUUCUGUUCAAGGGGCGAGCAGCACCUCGCAAGCCCCCAGUACCAUCUCAGAGCCGCGUUCAAGAAUCGCGCAAGGAUAUCGAGCUGUUUGUGAAAACACAAUCGGAGAGGCUACAUGUCUCAGCAACUGUUGAGAAAGCAAGACUUGCACCGACACGGCCCAUGGAUAAACCACCCAGGAAACAAAAUCCAGGGCACUCUCCAUCACGCAAGGCGGAUCCGUCAGAUUCUGAGGGAGAUAACGAAGACGAUGAAGACGCUGUACUGGCCGACUACAUGGAAAACAUGGACGGGCUGGAUGAUUUGAUUGCACACCACCGGAAGUUCGCAUCUCGAGACAUUGGUGGAAGCGAUGGUGAUGUGGUCAUUCGCGCCGACUCUGACAGCGACAAUCUGAGCGAUUCAGAUGAUGACGAGAUCGGAGAUGGGGAAUCCCCCAUAGAUGACCCAAUGUCCGCCGAAGAUGACAUGGCAGCGGAUAUUGACGAUGCCGAACUCGCCAGGUUGCUUGCGAAGCAAGAAGAGCUUGGCCUACUCGGUGACGAGUUGGUCCUGUUUGACGGUGCCGUUUCUGGACGUGACGCACCUACCCGUCGUCCUCGCCGUAACAAAGCCCGCACGCCAAAACAGAAAGCAACAGCCUCUCAUCAACCCGACAGCGCCAAAACCGUUGCGGACGCAUUUGAUGACCUGGACCUUAUGGACUGGGAUCACAUGAAUUCACUGCGCAAGAAGCCCAAGGGCAAACAUGGCGCACUUAAACUGACCAACGAGGACGCCGAACUUCAAGCAAUCAUGGAUGCUACAUACGAAAAGGACCGACUCAAGAAGAAGGAGAGGAAGCGUGAGCGCGAAGAGCUGCGUGCCAAGGGACUUCUGGGCAAAAACCCCAAUCCAGACGAUCCAAGGGUCAAGUUUGUGGACGGUAUCAACAUAACAGAGCUGAGAGAAGAGUUCACCAGGUUCCUCCUGACCCUGGACCAAGUACUCACUUUACCCCCCAUGGACGCAUCUGCCCGUAAGGUAGUGCACGAGAUCGCCAUGAAGCUAGGGGUCAAGUCCAAAUCUACCGGCAAAGGCGACCAGCGACGGCCAGUCCUGCACCGGACCAAGACCACGUCGCUCUACAGCAUCGAAGUCAUGGACAGGGCUUUUGCGCGGAUAAAUCGCAGGCACUUCCCAAGGCUGGAUAAAAGGUCGAGGGGAGGUGGUGGCAAUCGGGGCGGUGGUGCUCACGCCUCAAUCAAAUACAGAGACGGUGAGGUUGUCGGCGGGUCUGCGCCAGAGCUCGGUGAGACCAACAAGGGCCGCACCAUGCUGGAGAAGAUGGGCUGGUCCAAGGGCAUGGGUCUUGGUGCGCUGGACAACAAAGGCAUCUUGGAGCCUGUCGCGCACGUCGUCAAGACUUCCAAGGCCGGUCUUGGCUAAUACCUUGUCUUUACCAUGUACUUGGAACAAAAUGUGUAGCUAGACUUGGGUUGAAAGACGGGCUCGAGAAGUGCAGGUGUUGCAACCAUUGAUUGAUUCCAUCAGGCCAUAGACGAGUUAGACAGAGGCAGGAUUAUCAUAAGUCGCAACAGAGCAACAAGAACGAAUAGAAUGAUUAGAUGUCAUGUGUUCAGGA